AUGUCAGCCGACAACGAAGACUAUUAUGAUGAAGAUCCUUAUGGAUUUGAGGAAGAGAAUGCCCCAAUCACAGCAGAGGAUACUUGGGCAGUCAUCUCUGCUUUCUUCAGAGAGAAAGGUCUGGUGUCACAACAGUUGGAUUCAUUCAACCAAUUUGUUGAUUAUACUCUACAGGAUAUUAUCUCAGAGGAUUCCACUUUGAUUUUGGAACAAUUAGCCCAACAUACCACUGAACAAGAUAACAUUAGUAGAAAAUAUGAAAUAAGUUUUGGUAAGAUAUACGUUACGAAACCUAUGGUGAACGAAUCUGAUGGUGUUACACACGCAUUAUAUCCACAAGAAGCAAGACUGAGAAACCUGACAUACUCUUCUGGUUUGUUUGUAGAUGUUACUAAGAGAACUUACGAAGCAGUGGAUGUCCCUGGUAGAGAUUUAAACUAUCAACUAAUUGCCGAAGAAUCUGAAGAGGACAGUGAGAGUGGUAAAGUCUUUAUUGGCCGUCUACCAAUCAUGUUGAGGUCCAAGAAUUGUUAUUUAAGUGAUGCCACCGAAUCUGAUCUAUAUAAAUUAAAGGAGUGUCCAUUUGAUAUGGGAGGGUACUUUAUUAUCAAUGGUUCCGAGAAAGUUUUAAUCGCACAAGAACGUUCUGCAGGUAACAUUGUUCAAGUUUUCAAGAAAGCAGCCCCAUCUCCAAUAUCACAUGUUGCCGAAAUCAGAUCUGCUCUUGAAAAGGGUUCCAGAUUUAUCAGUACAUUGCAAGUUAAACUGUAUGGUCGUGAAAGCAGUUCAGCUCGUACCAUUAAAGCAACUCUUCCAUACAUUAAGCAGGAUAUCCCAAUCGUUAUCAUUUUUAGAGCACUAGGUAUUAUUCCGGAUGGUGAAAUUUUAGAACAUAUUUGUUACGAUGUCAAUGAUUGGCAAAUGCUGGAAAUGUUAAAGCCAUGUGUAGAAGAUGGUUUUGUUAUUCAAGAUCGUGAAACAGCUCUUGAUUUCAUUGGUCGUCGUGGUACUGCGUUGGGUAUCAAGAAAGAAAAGAGAAUUCAAUACGCCAAAGACAUUUUGCAAAAGGAAUUUCUACCUCAUAUUACCCAGUUAGAAGGUUUUGAGUCCAGAAAAGCCUUUUUCUUGGGUUACAUGAUUAAUAGACUGCUAUUAUGUGCUCUUGACCGUAAAGAUCAAGAUGAUCGUGACCAUUUCGGUAAGAAGAGAUUAGACUUAGCAGGUCCAUUACUUGCCCAGCUUUUCAAGACGCUGUUCAGGAAACUAACCAAAGAUAUCUUCCGUUACAUGCAGAGAACAGUCGAAGAAGCCAAUGAUUUCAACAUGAAAUUAGCUAUUAAUGCGAAGACCAUCACGUCAGGUCUUAAGUAUGCUUUGGCUACUGGUAAUUGGGGUGAACAAAAGAAAGCUAUGUCUUCAAGAGCCGGUGUGUCACAAGUUUUGAAUCGUUAUACAUAUUCCUCAACACUAUCACAUUUAAGAAGAACAAAUACACCUAUAGGUCGUGAUGGUAAACUGGCAAAGCCACGUCAACUUCACAACACUCAUUGGGGUUUGGUUUGUCCCGCCGAGACUCCUGAAGGUCAAGCUUGUGGUCUAGUGAAGAACUUAUCACUUAUGUCUUGUAUCUCUGUUGGUGCCGACCCUAUGCCUAUUAUCACAUUUUUAAGCGAAUGGGGUAUGGAACCUUUGGAAGAUUAUGUUCCACAUCAAUCUCCGGAUGCCACUAGAGUGUUUGUUAAUGGUGUCUGGCACGGUGUUCACAGAAACCCUGCUAGAUUAAUGGAAACACUAAGAACACUAAGAAGAAAGGGUGAUAUCAAUCCAGAAGUUUCUAUGAUCAGAGAUAUUAGAGAACAGGAAUUGAAAAUUUUUACCGAUGCCGGUAGGGUAUAUAGACCAUUGUUUAUUGUUGAAGAUGACGAAGAAUUAGGUCGUAAGGAAUUGAAAGUUAGAAAAGGUCAUGUCGCCAAGUUAAUGGCUACUGAAUACCAAGAUAUUGAGGGUGGAUUUGAGGACGCUGAAGAUUACACAUGGUCUUCCCUAUUAAACGAAGGUCUUGUAGAGUAUAUUGAUGCCGAAGAAGAAGAAUCUAUUUUGAUUGCCAUGCAACCAGAAGAUCUUGAACCAACUGCAGUUGAGCAAGAUAUACCUAAAGAAAAUGUCGAUCUUGCUAAACGUAUUAAGGUCACUCAUCAUGCCACAACAUUCACCCACUGUGAAAUCCAUCCAUCAAUGAUCCUUGGUGUCGCAGCAUCUAUUAUUCCAUUCCCUGAUCACAAUCAAUCUCCUCGUAAUACUUACCAAUCUGCGAUGGGUAAGCAAGCUAUGGGUGUCUUCUUAACAAACUACAAUUUCCGUAUGGAUACUAUGGCUAACAUUCUAUAUUACCCUCAGAAACCAUUAGGUACUACUCGUGCAAUGGAAUACCUAAAAUUCAGAGAAUUGCCUGCCGGUCAGAACGCUAUUGUUGCCAUUGCAUGUUAUUCGGGGUAUAACCAAGAAGAUUCCAUGAUUAUGAACCAAUCAUCUAUUGACCGUGGUUUAUUUAGAUCUCUGUUCUUUAGAUCGUAUAUGGAUCAAGAGAAAAAAUAUGGUAUGUCCAUUACUGAAACUUUUGAGAAACCUCAACGUACUAAUACAUUAAGAAUGAAGCAUGGUACAUACGAUAAGUUAGAUGAAGAUGGUUUGAUUGCACCAGGUGUCAGAGUGUCUGGAGAAGAUAUAAUUAUCGGUAAGACAACACCUAUUGCACCGGAUGAAGAAGAACUAGGUCAAAGAACUGCUUACCAUUCGAAGAGAGAUGCUUCUACUCCUUUGAGAAGUACAGAAAAUGGUAUUGUCGAUCAAGUUCUAAUAACAACGAACCAAGAUGGUCUUAAGUUUGUCAAAGUACGUGUUAGAACAACUAAGGUUCCUCAGAUUGGUGACAAGUUUGCUUCUCGUCACGGUCAAAAGGGUACAAUCGGUAUAACUUACAGAAGAGAAGACAUGCCUUUUACAGCCGAAGGUAUUGUCCCUGAUCUGAUUAUCAAUCCACACGCUAUUCCAUCUCGUAUGACUGUGGCGCACUUGAUUGAAUGUUUACUAAGUAAAGUUGCUGCAUUGUCUGGUAAUGAAGGUGAUGCUUCUCCUUUUACUGAUAUUACUGUUGAAGGUAUUUCCAAACUACUAAGAGAACACGGCUACCAAUCUCGUGGUUUCGAAGUCAUGUAUAAUGGUCACACUGGUAAGAAGUUGAUGGCUCAAAUUUUCUUUGGCCCAACAUACUAUCAGCGUUUGAGACACAUGGUCGACGAUAAGAUUCAUGCCAGAGCUCGUGGUCCUAUGCAAGUACUAACUAGACAACCAGUAGAAGGUAGAUCAAGAGAUGGUGGUCUAAGAUUCGGUGAAAUGGAACGUGACUGUAUGAUCGCUCAUGGUGCCGCAGCUUUCUUGAAGGAAAGAUUAAUGGAAGCUUCCGAUGCUUUCAGAGUACAUAUCUGUGGUAUUUGUGGUUUGAUGUCUGUUAUUGCAAAACUAAACCAUAAUCAAUUUGAAUGUAAGGGUUGUGACAAUAAGAUCGAUAUCUACCAAAUUCAUAUACCAUAUGCUGCCAAAUUACUAUUUCAAGAAUUGAUGGCUAUGAAUAUCACACCUCGUCUCUACACCGACCGCUCAAGAGAUUUUUAA